AUGUCGUACACGGACGCGGAAGACAUGGGCCGAUUCACCGCUGCCGACUUGCUGGACCCGGAAAAUGCGCGACAUUCUCGCCAGGGGCAGAGUCAGCGGCAGAGCAGAGCGAGAGAUCAAAACGGACCCCCGGAGGACGUCGAGGCAACGGGCAUCGCCGUCUUUGGCCGGAAGUUCCAUCGGUGGGCAAGCGUCAAAGACUUGAGUUUCUGCACAGAUAUCGUGAAAGGAAGUUGA